AUGUUAUUAUUUUUUUAUCAUAAGUCUUUCAGAGAGUCACCUUUUCCGGAGAGGGAAAUUUUGGAGGUGCAAGUUCGCCUAUCUAUACCGGGCUGUGGGGUUGGAAGGAUCUUAUCAGUGUAUCGUAUGCAUAAAAAACCCUUGAAAACCCCCCAAGAUCGUCUGGGGUACGGGUGCCGGGUCAAAGUGGUCGGAAUUUACCCCCCAUGGGUAAUCUACGAUUAUCAACCCACAACCCGCCGGUACGAUAUGUCGAUCAAACAAGUCCUUUCGAACCCGUUACCACUAUCUCUGCGUCAAUUAGUUUUGGGGCCAGCAGCUAACCGAAAAUUUGCAACCACUCUCCGCUACUACUCGUAUACCCAACCCCCCAUCGCGACCUCAGAAAAUCCCCGUUGGCUCUCAGACACAAAAGACCGCAUCGGUAGACUCUUCUUCCAUGGAGCCACCCCCGAGGAAUCUCGCGAAGCCGGUGAAAUCCUGAGUUUGCUCACAAAGAACUGGAGAGAUGUGGGGCGAUAUGUUAGGGUAAUACUGCUUGUAUGCGCAGCGCGCCAUGUAAAUAACGUUACAUAUACCCGAUGGGCAGAGUCUGCGAGAGUAAACUGGGCGUGGAACUUUGCUAAGCACGUCGAUCCCGUAAACCGAGACUUAUGGGCGGAACUCUGCUCCUCCAGAGGAGUGGGUUUGAUUUUGAAGAGCAUUCAGGUCGACUACAAGCUUCCUAUAGAGUGGCCAGACAAAGUGACAGUCUAUCACAAACUAUCUGAGGUCGGAGACAGCUCGUUUACUCUAGGAGUGAUUAUACUAUCGGAGAAACACCAACGCCUUGCAGCGCGGUGUAUGGAGGAUAUCGUUGUAUACAAUUACAAGCCGAAGGGUAAAUCUCCUCCGGGCAGGGCUCCUUUACCAGAAUUUGUCCGCAUCCAGUUCGAGAGCACACUUCAACUACAGAAGGAGGCGAGGGACGACGCCUUAAGCGGUAUUAGAGAUAUAGAUGCUAGGGUGAACGGCUUGGAAAUGAAAGUUUUGAGUAGGAAGGAGAUGACUUAG